AUGAGCCAAAAUAUGGGCAUCUUUCCGUCUGACCCGGACAGGAAAGAUGUCUGGGUGCCAGACAAGGUACAUGGCUAUAUUGCUGCGUACGUUGUCCAAGAAAAAGACGACCAGAGCCUAUGUUGUCUUGCCACGGGAAAUACUGUCACGGUGCCCACCGCAUCUCUGAGCGAGAUGAAUCCUCCAAAGUUUGAUAAAGCCGCAGACAUUGCGGAUCUAACGCACUUGAAUGAAGCUAGUGUCGUGCACAAUCUGCGCCAGCGCUACUUUAGUAAUUUGAUAUAUACGUACAGUGGCUUGUUCUUGGUGGCUGUGAACCCGUACCAUGCGUUGCCCAUCUAUACUGAGCACAUUAUUGAGAUGUACAAAAACAAGCGCCGCGAAGAAAAUCCACCGCAUAUCUUUGCGGUGGCUGAUGGUGCUAUGCAGAAUAUGCUAAACGGACACUCGAACCAGUCUCUCUUGAUCACGGGUGAGUCAGGUGCCGGCAAGACCGAGAACACCAAACGCGUCAUCCAGUACCUUGCAGCCACAGCGAUGGACGCCGAUGCAGCUGGACCUUGGCAUGCGGGUGAACCGCUGGGAUUACUAGAGCGCCAAAUCCUCCAGGCAAACCCAAUCUUGGAGUCAUUUGGAAAUGCGCAAACUGUGCGGAACAACAACUCGAGCCGUUUCGGCAAAUUUAUCAAGAUUGAGUUUUCUGCGACUGGCACAAUUGCUGGAGGCAACAUCGAAUGGUACCUCUUGGAAAAAAGCCGAGUUCACAGUCGCAACGCAAACGAGCGCAACUUCCACAUAUUUUAUCAGCUUCUCCGCAGUCGUGACCAGACACUGUUGCAAAGCUUAAAGCUAAGCUGUUUUCCUGAACAUUAUGCGUACCUUGCGAAUACCCGCAAGGAUGUGGAAGGUAUUGAUGACAGCAUCGAAUUUUCUGGUUUGCUAGAUGCUCUGCGCACCAUGGGCUUUACUAUGGCUGAAGAACAUGAUCUUUUCCGUGUUAUCGCCUUGAUUUUACACCUUGGUAACAUUGAACUAACAGAAGAUCGUUCCGGUCAGGCUCGCAUCACGAAUUCGGAUCAGCUCUCGUUGGUGAGUGAGCUGAUGGGCGUUGAUGCGGCUCAGUUAAAUACAGCCCUUGUUCGGCCCACGGUGCGUGCCGGCCGCGAGGCUGUGUCGCAGCAGCGUACCAAGAAGCAAGUCACAGAAGAGGUCGCUGCACUUUGCAAGACCAUGUAUGAGAAAACAUUUGGGUGGCUGGUGGAUAGGAUCAACCUAGUGUUGGAUCGCCCCACUAGCAAGUCGCAGUUUAUUGGUGUGCUGGAUAUUGCAGGUUUCGAGAUCUUUGAUACCAACUCUUUCGAACAGCUUUGCAUCAACUACACGAAUGAAAAGCUUCAACAAUUUUUCAAUCACCACAUGUUUAUGCUAGAACAGCAAGAAUACGCGCGUGAGAUGAUUCAGUGGGAUUAUAUGAAUUUUGGUCUAGACCUGCAACCAACCAUUCACCUUAUCGAGUCGACGUCACCUAUCGGUAUUUUAGCAGCUCUGGACGAAGAGUGCAUCAUGCCUCGCGCUAGCGACGAUACAUUUACAGAGAAGCUUACAAGCACAUGGUCACCGCCCAAGUCUGGGCCUGAUGCUGCUUCAUCCAAGUUUCUGCCAUCACGUCAGGUCAGGCGAUUCAUUGUGCGCCACUACGCAGCCAACGUGGAGUACAGCACCGAUAACUGGCUCGAUAAGAAUCGCGACCCGCUCAAUGACCAUGUUGCACGUGUGCUAGCGACUUCUGCACAGCCCUUCAUCUCGUCUCUUUUUGCGGGAAUGGCCGAAGAGAGCAGUGGUGGUGCCCCCAAGAGUCGGCGUGGCACUUUCCGUACUGUUGGCCAGCGGCACAAGGAACAGCUCGUUUCGCUGAUGGCCCAGUUGGACUCAACACAGCCUCACUUCGUCCGCUGCAUUGUACCUAACACUGAAAAGCGACCAGGUCGCAUGGAACUUCCAUUGGUCCUCGAUCAGCUGCGGUGCAAUGGUGUGCUGGAGGGUAUUCGUAUUGCGCGACUUGGCUUUCCGAAUCGAUUGCCGUUCACUGAAUUUGUGAGUAGAUAUGCACUCCUUGCUUCGAGCGCAUAUGGAAAGCAAUCUAUGGAUGGCCGUGUACAGUCGGGCUAUAUUGCCGAGUCUAUUGGUCUUGAUCCUGCAUGUUACAAGAUUGGUUUGACCAAAAUCUUUUUCAAGGCUGGUGUGCUUGCUGAGCUGGAAGAGCAGCGCGAUGCGUAUCUGCAUGAUGUAUUCACGCGUUUUCAAGCAUCAUGUCACGGAUAUGGAACGCGGCGCAUCGUUCGUAAAAGACUUCGUCAACGCGCUGCUAAGCAAGUGCUUCAAGAGAGUGCUCGAGAAUACAAGAAACUCGAGUCAAAUGCUUGGUGGCGAUUGUACAUGCGUCUCCUGCCUCUGCUUGCCGCAUCGCACGAUGAUGACGAAAUCAAGCGGCACGAAAUGGAAAUGGCUGUCGCUCGUGAGCGAGCUUUGCGUGACGAACAAGAAAAGGCGCGUUUAGUCGAACUUGAGAGCAGGCUGACAAAGCGAUGUGAUAUGCUUCAAGAACAGUUAGAUGACGAACGUACGAGCCAUGCAUCUACACAAGACACUCUCAACGGUACAAAGCAACGCCUGGCAGAAGCAGAAGCAGAGCUUAAUGAUAUCCAAGCUGAGCGCGAGGGAUGGUCUCGUGAGGCGAAUGAUCUACAGCGGCAGAUGGACGAAGGAGCACAACGCGAAAUGGAUAUUCAAGCUGAGCUUGCAAGUGUUUGUGAACAAUUGAACAAGCAACUGUCGUCGCGUGCUGUGCUUGAACGUGAGCAUAGUGAGGCAGUUGAUCGCGUUUCAUCGCUGGAAACGAUGCUGGAUCAAGCCCGUGUUUCUCUAGACGAGCACGUUCAACACGCUGAACGGCAUAUCGAAGACUUGGCGGCUAAGCAUGAGGCCGAAUUGCAUGGUGUUCGAACAGACUUGGAACUUGCGCGACAUCAGCUUAGCAAGUCGGAUGCAUUGAGCGAACGUCUGGCGAUGUUGGAAGCAGAACGGCAACAGCUGCAGGAGGCGCACAUUUCUGUGCAGGCCACCCUAAGUGAGCGUGAGGCCCAUUUCAAGCGCGAGGAAGAAAAGCGCGAGGCUCUACAGGGAGCACUGGCAAGUGCUCAGUCAGAAUGUGCAAUGCUGCACGAAAAGCUCAAACAUAUGAGCGACAAGUUGCGUGAAACUAACCAGCUUCGGGACCAAGUCAACGAGACGUAUGCAUCCGAAUGUCGAACAAGCAAAACCAUCAUGACUGAGCGCGACAAUGUGCGCUCUGAGCUCUCAGCUCUGCGGCAAGAAUACGCGAAGGAAAAGGAAGAGAUGCAGCGUGAAAUUGCUGACAAAGGUGCCGAACUUAAGAAGGCACACAGCAAAGCGUAUGCCCUGGAAUUGGAGAACCGUCGCCUUGAGACGAUGCAAAAUAAAACAACGGUGGAACAUGUGCACGUAUUGGAAGAGGCCAAAAAGUAUACAGACCGUCAGCUUUCCGAUGUACAAAACGAGCUGCAGGAACUGUCUACCUACACGCGUUCUCUUGAGCGAACGCGUGCGCGAAUGCAACAAGGUCAAGAAGUGCUAUCGCGCACGGUGGGUGGUCUUAGUAUCGAAGAGGCCAUUUCGCAACGUGAUGAGGCCCGUUCUGCCUUGGAAGAGGCCGAGAAGACGUCUUCAAACCAACUAAAAAUGGCACGCGCCGAGUACGAAACACGCAUCAAGAAGCUGGAAGACGAACUGCGUCGGAUGUCCAAGAACCACCAAACAGAAAAGGCACUCACAUCUCUCGGAAGUGGACGCAAGUCACAUGCUGCAGCCGCUAGGCAGGUCUUGGCCGAAAUCCAAAUGGAAACUGAGCUUCUCGCAAAAGACCUGGCGCGCGCUAGUUCCUUGCACACACCAUCUCAGUAG